UACAUGUUUAAAUGUGAAAUCUAAACACAAAAUUAAAUCAAGAAAAAUUCCCAGAAAUUUAUUUCACGAAUAACAGAAUGAAAUAGGGAACAGAAUCACGGACUAACCCAAUCAGAGUUGAUAUGAUUCUCAAUCUUCCAGUAUUUUUGUUUCUGAAUCUUCGGUAGUGAGAGAUUUUCAAUUUUUCCAGGCUUUUCUUGUGUGUUUGGGGAUUUUGAUAUAGCUCUCGACAUUGGAGGAACAAAAAACAGUUACAAUUUUCUUCCCACAUUUGAUCAAGAUGGCGUUCAAUAUCACGUGGGCUUCGUUCCUCAGAUUCUUCUCGCUUCUGCUGCUCCUCUCCGCAAUUGUGAUUGCUUGCUUCACUCUCCCUGUUGAAAAGAUGCUUAGAGAUUUCUUGGUAUGGGUAGAGGAAGAUCUUGGUCCUUGGGGUCCUCUGGUGUUAGCGGUGGCUUACAUCCCUUUAACAAUAUUGGCAGUGCCAGCUUCAAUACUAACCCUAGGUGGUGGCUAUCUUUUUGGCUUGCCAGUCGGUUUCGUUGCUGAUUCAAUUGGGGCUACAAUAGGCGCUGGCGCAGCAUUUCUUCUUGGGCGAACUCUAGGUAGGUCGUUUGUCAUGGCCAAGUUGAAAGACUACCCCCAGUUUCGUGCAGUUGAGAUUUCAAUUCGGAGGUCCGGAUUUAAGAUUGUUUUGUUGCUCCGGCUUGUUCCUUUACUUCCAUUCAGCAUGCUGAAUUACCUCUUAUCUGUGACAUCAGUCUCACUAGUUCCGUAUUUGAUGGCAUCAUGGCUGGGCAUGAUGCCAAUUACUCUGGCAUUGGUAUAUGUUGGAACAACGUUAAAGGAUAUCUCAGAUGUGACGCAUGGAUGGAGCGGAUUUUCGAAAACCCGUUGGGCAUUUAUCGCGUUGAGCCUUGUGGUGUCGGUUAUGUUAAUGGUCAUUGUGACACGAGUAGCAAAAGCUGCUCUAGAGAAAGCGUUGGCAGAGAACGAGGAUAUGGAUGGCAGCGAUCCCGUGUCACCGGAUUUACCGGUGGAGGGGAAUCUGCGCCAGCCGCUUAUAGUCAAGGUUGAUAGCACGUAAGACAAUCAAGAAUUUUACGUGUACAUUCGCACCACCACUCUGCUUCCUUUGAAGAGAUAAGUUUCCGGUAGCAUUGCUCGAUAUUCGAUUCAACUGUAUAGUCGUGAUUAGUAACGACGAAAAAAUUACCUAUACUUGUGCAUUGGCUUAUACGGUAUAGUAAUAGUACUACUUAGUUGUAGCAAAAUCUUGUCCUGGCUUGGAUUGAUUGUAUUGUAUCUAUCUAUGGUUAGAGUGAAUGUGUAGCUAUUAGUAUAUUUGUGCAACUGGAUUUAGAGGAGGCUAUGGUUACAUAGAGUAAAUAAAUUCAAGAAUUAUUGGAUUCA